AUGGCACCUGCGAUUCGCAAGGUUACCCAUACGUUUAUCCAGCCUGACACCACUCUUGUGGUUGUCGGGGCUUUGGAUAAUACCAAGCGCUGGCCAGCUCGGGACUUGAUUACACCCACAGCGACCUCCCCAUUCACGGCACCCGUUCAGGCGCGCGAUAACGCAGAAAGCUAUUCUGAAGGCAAAGACAACGGACUUUCGAAUACAGACAAGGGUGUGAUAGCCGGUUGUGUCGUCAGUGCUACGUUGCUCCUGCUGCUCUUAUGCUGGUGUUAUCUACGCCGUUCACGGUACCCGUCAUGGAAGUCUCGAUUUUCAACUACCAAAGGGCCACCUGAACCGUCAGGUCCUCCUUCAGAUGAUACGCCCCCAGACCCUGCUCCUACUGAGAAGUCAUCGAGAACGAAGAAAACAGUUACUAUAGCAACUGAUCUUCCUCGAUACCUGCGCUCGAAAAGCACCAAAUCAAACAUCUCGCCUCUUGUGAGACUGUCAACAGAGAUGAACUUGAAGACUGGACUAGCGACGAGAGAAGGAAGUUCGGGACAACCGGUUCGCUUCAUGAUUCGACAAAGGGAUAGACCGAAGACGAAGAGGCAUAGGAGACAUCGACGGAAACGCAAGGCUGCGAAGACGGAUGAUGCAUCUUGA